GCUUGACGCACUGACCCGGUCGCGUCCUGUCAAACUUUACCGACACCGGGAUCUCACCUCCGUCUGUUUGCCACUGUCUCUCAGCGAUGGAGCGGAAAGUAGCUCGAGAAUUUAGGCACAAGGUGGAGUUGCUGAUUGAAAAUGAAGCUGAGAAGGAUUACCUGUAUGAUGUCCUCCGCAUGUAUCACCAGUCGAUGGAUUUACCAGUGCUGGUGGGAGACCUGAAGCUAGUCAUCAAUGAACCAAAGCGCCUGCCUCUGUUUGAUGCCAUCCGACCUUUGAUCCCACUCAAACACCAGGUGGAGUACGACCUGCUCACCCCGAAGAGGUCUCGGAAGCUGAAAGAGGUGCGUUUGGAUCGGACUCAUCGUGAUGGACUGGGUCUGAGUGUCCGAGGAGGGCUGGAGUUUGACUGUGGUCUCUACAUAUCACAGAUUGUCAAAGAUGGUCAGGCUGGGAAUGUUGGCCUUCAGGUCGGUGAUGAGAUUGUGCGCAUCAAUGGAUACUCAAUCUCCUCCUGCAUCCACGAGGAGGUCAUCAGUCUCAUCAAGACGAAGAAGAUUGUGUCACUCAAAGUCAGGCAUGUGGGGAUGAUCCCAGUGAAAAGCUCAUCUGAUGAACCCCUAAAGUGGCAGUUUGUCGACCAGUAUGUGUCUGAGUCAGGGGAGAAAAAAAACAGCAUUGCAGGCUUGGCAUCGAUUGGAGGAAAAGAAAUCAAGGAGAAGAAGGUCUUCCUCAGCCUCGUGGGUACCAAGGGUAUGGGCAUCAGCAUCUCCAGUGGUCCAACCCAGAAACCUGGCAUCUACAUCAGUAACGUCAAGCCAGGCUCUCUUUCUGCAGAAGUUGGACUUGAGAUUGGAGACCAGAUUGUGGAGGUGAACGGGGUGGAUUUCACCAACGCGGACCAUAAGGAGGCUGUGAGAGCCUUGAAGAGCAGCAGGAGUCUGACUAUUACCGUUCUGACAGGAGCUGGCAGAGAGCUGUUUAUGACAGACGAGGAGCGGAUGGCAGUGGAGGCCCGCAGGGAGCUGGACAGGCAGGAGCUGAUGCAGCAGAAGAGGGUGGCACUGGAGACCAACAAGAUCAUUAAAGAGCAGCAGGAGAAGGAGAGGCAGAGACAGAUGGAGAUCUCUCAGAAAACUGCAGAGGAAGAGGAGCGCUAUAAGAAAGAGAUGGAGAAGAUUGAGGCUGUGGAGAGUAAGCACAACAGAGAGUGGGAGGAGGAUUGGGGAGCCCAAGACAGGCCCAAGAGUCCUAAGAGCCCCCGCACUCCAAAGAGUCGAUCACCUGCCCCACCUGAGAAGAAAAACUCCUCCACUGCAAAGGCCAAGAGUUCCCCUGAUGAAGCCAGCUCCUUGUCAGUGGAAGACGAGGAGGAAGAGCAGGAUAGACAAGGAUUUCAGAAAUACGAGGAAGAAUUUGAUCCCUACUCCAUGUUCUCCUCGGACCAGAUAGACGGGCGAGAUGUGAGACUGCUCAGAAUCAAAAAGGUUGGACAGCUUGAUGUUGUUCUGGAGGGAGGUGCCGACUCCCCAUUGGGGAAGUUGGUGGUGUCUUCUGUGUAUGAAGGUGGUGCUGCAGAUAAGCACGGUGGCAUCGUACCUGGGGAUGAACUUAUGGCUGUGAAUGGGAAGAUCCUGAUCGAUGCCACAUUGACUGAAGGACAAAAUGCUCUGGCUCGAGCCUGGAAUAGUGGAGGGGACUGGAUCGAUGUUGUCAUCACUGUUUCCCCUCCGAAAGAAUAUGAAGAUGAAGUGACGUUCUUCUAAUCUCAUCAACAGCCUGCCAAGGAAACCAAGAAGCUUUUCAUUGCUGAUGAUUCUUUCGGGAUUCACCGUCUUCUUGAUCACAAUAAAAUAACUCUCUUUCCUCUUCAUCAUCGCAUUCACCUGUUAACAAACAAGCUGAAGAUGUUUUUCUGUUUUUACUUAUCAUUACCCUAGGCCAGUGGUCCCCCCCUAGGGCUCGCCAAAGCUUCAAGGGGGGGUCGCGAGGCCUUCUUGAUUUUAAGGGGUGUAAGAAAACUCAGUUAGCCUGUAUCUCAGCAUUUGGUUCAAUUCUGUGAAGAAAUGUAAAUGUAAAGAAAAAUUGUCUAAUAGCGCAAUGGCCAAGCGACAAGGGCAAGAGAACACUGAAUCUGUCAAGAGACAAGCCUAUUAAGUAUGUAUGAUUGUUUAAAGAAGAUACAAAUAAAAAAAUACAUAAUGCAGAUAAACAAGAGAAUUGUAUAAAAAGUUCCCUAAAAAUGAAAUAAUCUGCUCAGAAUUUAGCCAAAUCACUCAUUUUACACAAACUUCCUGCAGAGUUCAGUAGUUGGCUUAAUUGUAUUGUUUUGAAUAUAAUAUGAAAUAUCCAUAAAAUGUGUCAGACAGUGAGGGGUCCUCACUUUACGAAAUGAUAGAAAAAGUUUGAGAACCACUGCCCUAUGCUCUUUAAAAAUGAAGCCUUGUGUCAUGCAUCAAGACAUUAACACCAUGCGGUCAAUAGGCAUUCUCACUGUCUCGGUCUGUUGAGGGAUGAUCCUGUCAAUAUUUAGUUGUCUCCUGUAAUCUUCCUCACCUUUGUCAAGCCUGGACAUGGUUGACCUCAGUUAGACGUGCAUGACUACGCUGAUCUUUCCCUUCAGACUUGUGUCUCAUCAGUCAGUAAAACAAUGAAAGGCUAGUUAAAACAGGCAAACUGUAAUCAAUAGAAGCUCUCUAAUCUUACCUGCCUUUUACAAAGCCCAAUAAAGGACGGCUCACCAUCACAGAAGUGAGUGUCUGUUGUGCAUACAGA